CGCGCCUCAGUGCGAGCUCCGGCGGCGCCGAGAGUGGAACGGCAGGCAGUGCGCUCCCCAGGUUUCGUGCGCUCUCCCCGCGCCCGCCUUUCAGCAUGAAAGCUUUCAGCCCCGUGAGGUCCGUGCGGAAGAACGGCCUUUCGGAGCACAACCUGGGCAUCUCCCGCAGCAAGACCCCGGUGGACGACCCCAUGAGCCUGCUGUACAACAUGAACGACUGCUACUCCAAGCUGAAGGAGCUGGUGCCCAGCAUCCCGCAGAACAAGAAGGUCAGCAAGAUGGAAAUCCUGCAGCACGUCAUCGACUACAUCCUGGACCUGCAGAUCGCGUUGGACUCGCACCCGUCCAUCGUCAGUCUCCACCACCAGCGGCCGGGGCAGAACGCCGCCUCCCGGACCCCGCUGACCACGCUCAACACAGACAUCAGCAUCCUUUCCCUACAGGCAGCCGAGUUUCCCUCAGAACUAAUGGCAAGUGACAGCAAAGCGCUCUGUGGCUGAAUCGCACGGUGUUCCACUGAGGAGGUUUUUCUUUUUCUUUUCUUUCUUUUCUUUUUCUUUUUUUUU